UUUGUAUCCAAGAUGGCGGCGUGCAGUAUCGAAGACGUGCUCGCUAAAGCCGAAAAAGACGAAGCAGAAAGGCUAAAAAGUAUCACGGUACAUAAAGAAUUAGACCUCGAGUUUGAUAUCGGAAACUUGCUGGCGUUUGACAAGACCUCGAUCAACACUCGGGAGUUUAAGCAGCAAAAUAAAGACGAGUUUCUUCGCUCACUGGCCCGAGACAACACUCAGCUCCUCAUUAAUGAGAUCUGGAAACAUCCAAGCGAGAAAGUAGAGGAGGUUCUCGUGGUCAAUCUGCCGGAUCCCAUCACCCAGUUACCCCGAGAAAAACCUGCCCCCAAGCCCAGACCCCCGACCAAAUGGGAGCAGUUCGCCAAACUGAAAGGCAUCCAGAAGAAAAAGAAGACUAAUCUGGUGUGGGAUGAAGUGCAUAAAGAGUGGAGAAGACGCUGGGGAUAUAAACGAGCCAAAGAUCACACGAAGGAAUGGCUGAUCGAGGUGCCUGAAAAUGCGGAUCCCUCUGAGGACCAGUUCGCCAAAAGGAACCAGGCCAAGAAAGAGCGAGUGGCCAAGAACGAGUUUAACCGUCUGAGGAACAUCGCCAGGGCGCAGAAGCUGAAAGUGCCCGGUGUGGGACUCGCUCCAACCGGCCAGCAGUCCAAAGCAGAGCUGGCCAAAGCUGUGAGUGUGGCCAAAAGCUCCACAGCAUCAGUGGGCAAGUUCCAGGAGCGACUUCCUAAAGAGAAACCCCAAAGAAAAACAGGCAAAAAGAGACAGUUCCAGCCUCUCAUCGGUGACUUCGCUGGAGAGAAGCAGAAGCAUCUGGAGAUACUCAAAGUAAUUGAGAGCAAGAGACCUCGGCUGGACAUCACCAAAGCGGUGAAUAAGCAGAUGAGGGAGGAAGACAGUGAAGCUUCAGAAAGGAGGCAGGGGAAGAAGGGACGACGAGGGAACACGCCUGGAAAAGGGAGGCGAAAUGCUCCAAGAGGGAAAGGAAAAGGGAAGGGGGGAGCUUCCAAAGGCAAAGGACGAAAACCUGCGAUGAAGCAGGGCAGGCGUUGAAAUGGACUCAUAAAGCUUUCGUAAAAUCUGACACUUCUUGUAUUUGAACCUUUAAACACACCUGAGCCUGUCUCACUCUCAGAAAGAAAGCAUUUUCCUUGUCACUGGGGUGCGAUCAUCAAGCAUACAUCUUUUGUACCUUUAGUGUGUGUAGUUCCAUGGAAAGAUGCAUGCAGUGUAGCUUUAAUUAGUGCAAAGCUUUAAAGAUGCAUCAGUGGUCCUUGUGGAAAAAUUAUGUACCCUUUUUAAAUUAUUAUUAUUAAGGAUGGAAGAUGCAUACUAAAGGUACAAAAGAUACAUCCCUGUGAUGCACUGUUCCAGAGACAAGGAAAGGUACAGUUUGCUGCCUUUAUUUCUGAGAACGUACAUGCUGAUAUGAUAUUGCAAUAACACCUUUCUGAGAAUUUUGAGUGUUGUCUGCACUUCUAUUAUAACCACUUCUGUUGUUGCAGUAAAUUUUUUUUUUCCCCCUCUUUGGUUGACCCUUUGUCAGCGAAUCAUAGCCUUUAACAAUAUUUGAUGCAUUAGAAUAUUUUAAAUCAAUUAAUAUAUUGCAAUGUCAUAUUGACCAAGUAUUUUUUUGAAAUGAAAUCUCAAAUCUGAAAAGAUUUCAAUUUUUUUUUAAAGUGGUGUUGACAGUCUAGAGUAUCAGAAUGUGUUCAUGGUUUUCUAAAAUUACUUCAGACAUGUAUUAAUUUGUUUUAUGAGUCAUACUUGUAAUUGUUAUCUGCCAUGAGAAAACUGGAGGACUUUUGCUAUUGGUGUCUCAGGUUCUGCCAUGUCUAGGAAUACUUUUUUUUUUUUUUUUUUUUUGCUUUUCACAAAGGUUUUUGAAUGUUAUCAGAAUCAUCAUGUUUAAUGGGACUACUUCAUAACGGGUUUAAUGCUUCCCUCUAAUUAAAAGUUUGUCAAAGAGCCUUAACAAUUGUCUAUUGUUCAGCAUCACUCCUAUUAUUUCACUUUCACAUUUGUUUUCACUGAACAGGGUGAUUAUUUUUAGAUAAAAGAAAAUGGCAAUUAUUCUAUGUGCUCUCCUAGACAUAAUUACAUAAUCUGAUUUCAUAACAUGAGAAAGAUUAGUUCAAGAUUUAACAGAAGUGCAACAUUUAUUUAAAAAAAAAAAGGUAAAUAAGGCUCUGGUGCCCCCUUGUGGUUGUGGUAUUGCAUCCUUAAUGCUGGAAUACACAAUGAUGUUUGAAUAUUGACAAUUUUCCUUUUUUUGUAACUCUUUUUCCAUCUUAAACACUUUUUAUUU